CUUGGUAGCAAGUAAUGGCGCAGAGAAGCGCAUCGAGAUUACUUGAUCUUGAUCCUGUGGAUCACCCUGAUAAACAUGAUGAGGAAAUGGGCAAGUGCUAUGAGGAGUUCCUGAUCAAUACCAGUGCAAUGUCCACCAAUGAGUUACAUGCGUAUGUUCACGAUACUGCUGCCGUACGCGCCACUAUGCUGGCUUUACUAUACUCUGUAUUGACAGAUCGAACGAAGGCUGAUUCCGACUUUGAGCUGCUCAGAGUUUCAAACCGAGAUAACUAUGGAACGAUCCUACGAGAAUUAGAACAUCUAAUCGAAAGUCCAUAUUUUCCUCGAAUGAAAACCGACGUACGGCGACAGUUGUUCUGGAUGGUGGAUAGACUCACGGCUGCCAACGUCGCAGGAGUUGAAACUCUACAUCUACAAUUGCUCAGACAAAUUCCCGGAGGAGAUAUCUCGCAAUCGACAGCUACACUUUGCAAACUACUGUUGGACCUCUGCGAAACCCACAGGACAUGGGUAGAAGGCAGAACCAGAGUACUUCACGCGUACGUCUAUAUUUUCCUUCGAACUAUAGCGGACCAUAAAUCAGCAAGCCUAAGAGAGCUUCAGCAAUCUGAAAUAUCCCUUAUUAUCAAGUUAUUGCGGCAUAACUGGCUGUCUUGUUGUUCGAUGGGAAGAGACCUUAUAAGAGCGUUACAAGACGUAUCGAAAAUACCGGAAAUUGCCAGCCUCUGGGAUGACAUCUUAAAUCGACCUCAAUCACUACAUAAAUCUUUCGAUGGCAUGCUAUCAAUACUUCAAACACAGACGCCACCAGAGUUGCUGAGAUUUCGCCUAACACCUCAGAUGGAGAUGUCCUUGCGAUGGAUUUUUGAUAAGCUUACUGCAAGUAACUAUCAGCGGAAUUUGGAAUGGUUCGUUAAGCGAUGGUUGUCAUCUCCUGCGACCGAGCAUUUUUAUGCCGAUGUCAUUAGAUACAUUGUAGCGGGCUGGUAUCCAUCCAACGAGCUUUUACAGAGCAACAAAGUUCCCAGAUACGCCAUCAUCGGAACGUUAUUUACGUACAUAAAGAGUCAUGUUACGGCUGCGAAUGUCAAGCUAUCUCUCUUUCUGGAUUGGCUAUUUUUUGCCGAUGACUCCAAUAUUAUGCUCAUUGAGCCGGCUAUGUUGCUUAUGGAAAGAUCCAUAAAGUACCACCCAUACAUAACGGGGAUGCUGGUGGAGUUUCUAAGGUUCGCUGUGGACGACUACUAUCCUGCACUAAGUGGUCACAUAAUCAAAUGUGUUGGGACAGGCAUGAAGAAUUUGUUGAGGAAAGGAGUUAUAAAACGACUCACAACCAUAUAUAACUACCCUACUAUAGAUGAUGUAACUAAGCGACAGCUGAUGGAUAUGUUUGCAAGCUCAUUAGAUUUCACUUCCAAUUCUAGACAGCCGACACCGCAGCAAGGAGAUUCCAUAUUACAAAUCUCAAAUGAGGAUAAUGUCAUGACUGAUGUAGCAUAUAUGAACAGUGAAACCAAAGCGAACAGUAGAGCUACUACACCUGCAGCACCUGAAGGCGAAGACCAAGAACUGGAUGAAUACCUGUAUGGCACGAAUACCAUGAUUGAAGAGAACCAUGUUGUGCUGGAUACAACUGCUGGGGAUCAGAUCAUGGAUAUGAAUGCUUUGUCAGCUAUUAACGAUUUACCUCACACUGAGUCUGAUCGUGAUACUAUGGAAACACCUGAUGCGCACACACCUGGUAUACACACUCCAGAUCCAAGUCGAAAGUCAGAAGAGAUGGAUACCGCCAGCACGCAUGAUUUAAGCGCUGAUAAAAUUUCAGAUUUUGAAGAGGACGAAGAUUCAGACGAUGAUGUGGAUAGCCGUGAACAAAAUCAGCAAUCAUUUUGGAUGUUUGCUGAUCUACUACCUCGGUUUCAAGACGCUUCAAGGACAAUUAAAUCAGCAUGCCAAAAUAACGACAUCGAUGAAAUUCAAGCGCAUUCGUACAUUUGUAAGAAAAAUCUCCGGGAGAUACUGAACAUAUAUUUGAAGAUGGCUAUUCCUGCAAAAAAUCUUGUACCAAACCUUGCGAAAUACAUUCGCGAUGGCUCCUGUAGCAAGUACGUUAACAGUGGAAGAUCAGAAAAUGAUCAGUUUACAUUAGAUCAAGAAGAAGCUGUUCAAGUGGAAACAAUGGAUGCCAUGGAUCUGUUAUUUGUCACGAUUUGGUCCUUAUGGGAUUCCGAAUCGCAAAGAAAAAAAAUGGUGGAUUUUAUUUCCUGCGUUAUGCAUCUUUCAAGACGAGGUGGAAAGCACUUAGUGGGAAUGCGAUGGUGGUCAUUCUUUUCUCGGUACGCGAAUUAUUCAUGUACUGCCUUGUAGCUAAAUGUUAUAUCACUUCAAAUUACUGACUCCGUGGAAU